UUCUAUAUUUCUCUGUGUUUUUCAAUCUCUUCAUCUUCUUCUCUUCAUUUUUCUUUUCAAGUGUAGAAAAACACUUGAUUCUCUGCUUCUUUGAUCAAACCCUAAAAAUGGAAGUAAAGAAAUUUGUACUGAAGCUGGAUUUGCAAGAUGACAAAGACCAGCAGAGAAGGGCUUUGAAGACUGUGUCUGCCCUUUCAGGAAUCAAUGAAAUAUCGGUUGAUCUCAAAGGAAAGAAGCUAACGGUAAUCGGAACAGUCGAUCCAGUCACCGUGGUGAGUAAAUUGAGAAAAAAGAAUUGGCCAUCGAAUAUAAUCUCAGUGGGCCCCGCCAAAGAGCCGGAGAAGAAAGAGGAGCCGAAAAAAGAAGAGCCCAAGAAAGAAGAAGCCAAGAAAGAGGAACCGAAAAAGGAGGAAGAAGCAAAAAAAGAAGAACCGAAAAAAGACGAGGCGAAGAAAGAAGAACCGAAAAAGGAAGAGGAGAAAAAAGCCGAACCAGAACUUGUGGUCGCCGCCAACACGGCAAUGCCUUAUCGGCCGUAUUAUAGACCGUAUAAUUACCCACCUCCAAACACAUACUACUAUGUGCACCAUAGCAUGGAAGAGAAUCCAAAUGCUUGUGUUAUAUGCUAAUUAAUUUUCUUGAUCAAAAUUUCAAAAUUGAAGUAUAUGGUAAUUAAUAUGUGUUAUUUUUCUAAUUACUAUUGUUCUUGGUUUUUAAGUAUAGAAACAAGAAAAAUGAUGCAAAUGUGUCUUGGUGUUGUGUGUAUAUAAGUUGAAUAAAAGUUUUUGAUAAUCAUUUUUUUUAUUUU